AUGGGCUUCGAGUACGAACGAGUGACCAACAACCCCUCCGACCCUGAGCUCGCAACCCCCAAAGAGACAGGCGACGAAGAUGACGAGGCUCUCCUACAGCCUAACACAACCAACACCAACAGCCCAUAUCCCAAAUACCACCCCUCCCAUCUCUUCAACCACAUAAAAGCCCUCCUCCUCUCCACCCCCAAACCACUCCUCAUUCGAAAUACCCUCAUCACCCUCCUCGCCAUCUGGGGUCUCAUCAACCUCACACAAACCCUCAUCCUCUCCAUCACCACUACUCACCUUCCCACCCCCAAAACCUGUCACUGCGGCAACUCCACCACUGAAGCCCUCACUUUAGGCUGCAAAUUCGACUCCCUAGCCGCAGCCUGGCUUCCACCGCACUGUCGCGACGACGAGCUCACCGCGGAGUUUGAGCGCGCUGGUCCCAAUCCCGACGGGAGUUGGACGUACUACGCAGACGAUUACCACACGGUACCCAUGGCUAUUGAAGAGGUUGCUGCGCUGGCAGAUAACCAGUCUGCUAGGGUGCAGAUGACCAGGGAUUGGCAUGUCGUGCAUUGUUUGUUUUACUGGAGGAAGAUGUUCCGGGUUAGGGAGAUGGAGGGGGUGAUUGUUGAGCCUAGCUUUGAUCAUGAGGAGCAUAUUAAGCAUUGUAUUGGGGUGGUUUUGGAGGAUAGUUGGGGAACGGAGGCGAGAGUCGCGUUGGAUACCUAG